AUUCAUUUCAUUUUCCGAUUUUGCCGAGAUUUUGUCAAGAGUAUAAAAUUUUAAUUUUAAUUAAAUCGUACAAGUAUUACUAUUGGAUAUUGUUAAUGAUUUAAAGAAAAAUAUUGACUUCUUAUUUAAUUUGUUCAUAUAGUGAAACAAUAUUAAACAGUACAGGAAAAUAAUCCCAAGUCAAGAGACCCAAACUAUAUCAAAAUGAGUUUAAAAUUAAUUUUUCACUUGGUUGCUGCAGUGCAUUUCUUUUACGGGUGCUAUUAUGACUUCGUGUACGUUAAGUUUCCAGUCACUAAAACAUCGCCAACCCCUUUUGGGGGAAAGUUCAAAUACUUGACCUAUCUCGAUGCGAUGAUACUGACAGUGUACUUCAUACUAGCCUUACUGAAUGAUCUGAUUGGCUCCAAUGAACCAAAUCCUAGUCAUAAGCCAUGGAUUCGGCGCAUCAAGGACACAUUGUUUUGUUCUCUAGCCUUCCCUGUGGCUAUGUUUGUGGGAACCACAUUCUGGGGCAUCUAUGCUGUAGACAGAGAGCUGAUCCUACCCCGCACUAUGGAUGAGUUCUUCCCAACAUGGCUGAAUCAUGUCAUGCAUACUAACAUUGUUGCCUUUAUUCUCACUGAACUGCUUACAUCAUUCCGAAUGUACCCAAAGAAGAAAGUGGGUUUGUCAAUUCUUAGUGUUUUCAUGUUGAGCUAUGUGGUGUGGGUGCAUGUCAUCUACUUCAACACCGGUAGCUGGGUUUACCCAAUUCUUUCAGUUCUUAAUUGGCCACUUAGAAUUGUAUUCUACAUCUUCAACUUAGUGCUUGUGUGUGUAUUCUAUUCUCUUGGUGAGAAUCUCAACAAAAUUCUCUGGUCCCGUCAAAUUGAGAAGUCAGUUAAAUCAGGAAAGAAGAAAGCCAAAUAAGUAUGUUACUUUGCAAUACAACAUUACUAAAAAUUAAAUUCGCUUCUGUAAUUAUAAGUAUGUUUGGGGUAGAUAAAAUAGGUUGGGUUUGCUGUAAGUCUGUUCAAAUGGCGAUAAUACAUUAACUGUAAGGGUUUUAGGGUUUCACAAUGUAGUACUCAUGUUAAGAAAUUGGUUGUGAUUGAUGUCUUGAAAUAAGAACUUGUAUAAAUGGCCUCUCUAUUAGUAAAACCAAUAAUCAUCACUCAAUACUUUGCAUUCCAUGUAUUCAGAGUUAAGCUUUUAUAAAUAUUUUUUAAUCUGUAA